UUCUUUCAGGGUGAAAAAAAGGAAAAUCCUAUGCGUGAGCUCCGCAUUCGGAAGCUAUGUUUGAAUAUCUGCGUAGGUGAAAGUGGUGACAGACUCACCAGAGCUGCUAAAGUGUUGGAGCAACUCACUGGCCAGACCCCAGUGUUUUCCAAAGCUCGCUAUACUGUGCGCUCAUUUGGUAUUAGAAGAAAUGAGAAGAUUGCUGUUCAUUGCACAAUCAGAGGAGCCAAAGCUGAAGAAAUUCUAGAGAAAGGUCUAAAGGUUCGGGAGUAUGAACUGAGGAAGAGUAACUUCUGCAACACUGGAAACUUUGGCUUUGGUAUCCAAGAGCACAUUGAUCUGGGCAUCAAGUAUGAUCCUAGUAUUGGAAUUUAUGGCCUGGAUUUCUAUGUGGUCAUGGGGCGGCCUGGUUUCAGCAUUUCUGAUAAAAAGGUUAAAAGGGGGCGCAUUGGUUCAAAACACAAGAUUUCCAAGGAAGAAUCGAUGAGGUGGUUUCAGCAAAAAUAUGAUGGCAUCCUCCUGCCUGGAAAGUAAUUUGAAGACCACAUGACAAAGCAAUAAAAUCAAUUUGUAACAGUACUGAUGUCAAGAGUUUCUUUUCUAAGUUUGAUAUUGUUUCAGUUGUUUGUUUCAAACUGCUCAGUGCAAUUACCUGAUAAAGUGUACAGAAUGCUCGGUUAACCAGAAAUUCUGGGUAUCUGUGCAGUUUUUAUUUGCUGGCAAGAAAGAUCAAGUUAAUUUGACAGGAAUAAAUUCCAUGUAACAUGGAUCGGUCAAGUUGUUCUCAUUCUGCAUCACUUGUUAGAGAUGCAGCCAAAUGCAUUUACAGUUGUGCAUUCUUGAAAUAAUUAUACCAUGAAAUACAAAAACAUGCAAUGUUAAACUGGAUUCUGUUUCACCCACCUUAUUUCCGAAAUGCUGAUAUUACCAUGCUGCUUCGACUUGGGUGUGUUGUUAAAAUGAACGGCAGUAAUACAUAUUCACAAAAGUAGCCUACUUGCAAAGUAUUUUUUACAAAUGCCUAAUCAUUCAUAGAGGUAAACCUACUACAAAGAUGUGCGGGUCAGGUGAAUUGGCCAUGCUAAAUUGCCCAUAGUGUUAGGUAAGGGGUAUAUGCAGGGGUAUGGGUGGGUUGCGCUUCGGCGGGUCGGUGUGGACUUGUUGGGCCGAAGGGCCUGUUUCCACACUGUAAGUAAUCUAAUCUACAGAAAAUUCACCUGUGAUUCAGUCUAAUAUAGCGUUGUUUUUAAUAUGUUCACUAUCCAUUAAAUUUAUCUUACUUGCCUUGUAAA